UUUGUUUGGGUUGAAAUAUUAUAAUUCACAAAAAUAUUAAUUAGUCAAACAAAUAAAAUAAAAAGAGAAAUUAGAAAAGAAAGGAAGAUUGAAGAGUAUUUUUGAAAUUUUGUGAUUUCUGCGAUUCUUCGCUUUUCAUACAUUGUAAACGACGUCGUUACUGCUUGUUCCUCCGGCGAUGGUCGACGACAAAUCUCCGUCCACGGCAAUGGGAAACAGAGACAGAGAUCGAGAGCUUCUCAUCCCCGUCGCUGAUUCCGGCGAUGACAUCGAUGCCUCCAGACCAUCUUCCUCCUCCACACAUCAUACCGGCCGCGAGACAUUUUACAAAGUUGUUAGGAGCUGGGCAUCAAAAAAGUUCAUGACUGGAUGUGUCAUUCUUCUUCCGAUUGCAAUCACCUUCUACAUAACCUGGUGGUUCAUUCAUUUCGUGGAUGGUUUUUUUUCUCCAAUCUAUGCUCAACUUGGAAUCGACAUCUUUGGUCUUGGAUUCAUAACUUCCAUAACCUUCAUCUUCUUGGUUGGGGUUUUCAUGUCAUCAUGGCUGGGUGCAUCUGUCCUGGGACUUGGGGAGUGGUUUAUCAAGCGAAUGCCUCUUGUUCGUCAUAUCUAUAAUGCUUCUAAGCAGAUUAGUGCUGCUAUAUCACCAGAUCAAAAUUCACAAGCCUUCAAAGAAGUAGCUAUCAUUCAACAUCCACGUGUUGGUGAAUAUGCAUUUGGAUUCAUCACCUCAUCUGUUGUACUUCAGAGUUAUUCUGGAGAUGAGGAGUUAUGCUGUGUCUAUGUGCCCACAAACCAUCUUUAUAUUGGUGAUAUCUUUCUUGUAAACACCAAGGAUGUUAUCCGGCCAACCUUAUCUGUCCGGGAAGGAAUUGAAAUUGUUGUUUCUGGAGGCAUGUCAAUGCCACAGUUUCUAUCGACAUAUGAUUCACGUCGUCCGGUGGAAAUAAGAAGACCCGAUAGAAGAUGAAAGCAAAAGUAUAGUAGUUGUUCGUUGAUUAGCUUAUGUUGUUUUAUAUGGAGCCAUCAGAAUGGCAAUGCAACCAAUUUGUGUUGCGAAUGCAGGCAUUUAAUUUAAGCUGUUGGUUAUGAGCAAGUGUUAGAUUCUGAUGGUUAGUGUAACAUUCAUUUGUGUAGUAUAAUAUAGAAAGUAGUGAUUGUUUGGAAAUAUAGUUUGAAAGUACAGAGUUACCACAUUCUACUGUGGCAGGAGUCCCAAAAUUUCUGCGUGUGCAUAUUAUGGUGGUUUCCUGUUAUAGCAAUUCAAUUUUGUAGUUUUUUAUACCUUAA